AAUGCGAGCGGAGGGGACUCGCAGCUUGGGAGAGCAAUAGCUACCAGGGUCUUUUCGGGACAAUUUGCCAAGUUGUCUCGCAAGCAGCAGCAGCAGCACUCUGGGGAAGGACACAAGCAGGACAUUGGAAUUCAAGAUCACACAACCAGCAGCUUCAGUGGAGAAAAACUAUUUUACUGGCAACUCUUUUUAAAGCACCAUCAUUUCAAAUCAGUGCGCUCUUAAACUAUUGACAGGAGCUUUGACAACAAGACAGGAUGCCUCAUAAAGAGGGAAGACUUUAACUAGUGACACGCAGAUGUGUGAGUCCCUAAAUUGUAUGAGAGGACAGUCCACCCAGAUUUCAGAACACUAUAAGCGAGCCACGUGGGAUACUGCUCUAUCAAUUCAACAUGCAGAACAGUCACAGCGGAGUGAAUCAGCUCGGCGGUGUGUUUGUCAACGGUAGACCACUGCCAGAUUCAACCAGACAGAAAAUAGUGGAACUAGCGCAUAGUGGGGCUCGUCCGUGCGAUAUCUCCAGAAUCCUGCAGACCCAUGCAGAUGCAAAAGUCCAAGUGCUGGACAAUCAAAACGUGUCGAAUGGAUGUGUGAGUAAAAUUUUGGGCAGGUAUUACGAAACUGGCUCCAUCAGACCCAGGGCAAUCGGAGGUAGUAAACCAAGAGUAGCGACUCCAGAAGUUGUAAGCAAAAUAGCGCAAUAUAAACGAGAGUGCCCCUCCAUCUUUGCGUGGGAGAUUCGAGACAGAUUACUAUCAGAGGGGGUCUGUACCAACGAUAAUAUACCCAGUGUAUCAUCAAUAAACAGAGUUCUACGCAACCUGGCUAGCGAAAAGCAACAGAUGGGUGCAGAUGGGAUGUAUGACAAGCUAAGAAUGCUGAAUGGGCAGACAGGGACAUGGGGCACGCGACCCGGAUGGUACCCCGGUACGUCGGUGCCAGGACAGCCUACGCAAGAUGGCUGUCCACAACAGGAAGGAGGAGGUGAAAACACAAACUCCAUCAGCUCUAAUGGAGAAGAUUCAGAUGAGGCCCAGAUGAGACUUCAGCUGAAAAGAAAGCUGCAGAGAAAUAGGACAUCCUUUACCCAAGAGCAAAUUGAAGCCCUUGAGAAAGAAUUUGAGAGAACCCAUUAUCCUGAUGUGUUUGCCAGGGAGAGACUAGCUGCCAAAAUAGACCUACCUGAAGCAAGAAUACAGGUGUGGUUUUCCAACAGGAGGGCAAAAUGGAGAAGGGAAGAAAAACUGAGGAAUCAGAGAAGACAAGCCAGCAACACACCCAGCCAUAUUCCCAUCAGCAGUAGUUUCAGCACAAGUGUCUACCAACCAAUCCCGCAACCAACCACACCUGUUUCCUCUUUCACAUCAGGUUCAAUGUUGGGCAGAACAGACACUGCGCUAACAAACACAUACAGUGCUCUGCCACCCAUGCCUAGCUUCACAAUGGCUAACAACCUGCCUAUGCAACCCCCGGUACCCAGCCAGACCUCCUCCUACUCUUGCAUGCUGCCCACUAGUCCGUCAGUGAAUGGGCGGAGCUAUGAUACGUACACACCUCCUCACAUGCAGACACACAUGAACAGCCAGCCAAUGGGCACCUCUGGAACCACUUCAACAGGUCUUAUUUCACCUGGCGUGUCAGUUCCAGUUCAAGUUCCAGGCAGUGAACCUGAUAUGUCUCAAUACUGGCCAAGAUUACAGUAAAACAUGUGUUAAUUCUGUAAAUGACUAUAUGGACAACAGUUGGAUGUUCAGCAGUAUUUUAUAAAGGAAGAAUGGCUUCUGUACUGCAACUGUGCCCUAUUCUGUAACACAUGGAAAAGACUUUAACAUGGACCUUUGUACACUGAAGGCAUUAUAUCAGUUGGAACAAAUCUUCAUUUUGGUAUCCAAACUUUUAUUCAUUUUGGUGUAUUAUUUGUAAAUGGGCAUUUGUAUGUUAUAAUGGAAAAAAAAAGAACAAUGUAGACUGGAUGGAUGUUUGAUCUGUGUUGGUCAUGAAGUUGUUUUAAAAAAAAAAGAGGAAGCCAUGAUCAACAAGCUUUGCCACGAAUUUAAGAGUUUUAUCAAGAUAUAUCGAAUACUUCUACCAAUCUGUUUAUAGAUUAUGGACUGAUGUUCCAAGUUUGUAUCAUUCCAUUGCAUAUAAUUAAACCUGGAACAAUACGCACUAGAUUUAUGUAAGAAAAAUAUCUGUUGGUAUUUCCAAAGGUUGUUAACAGAUGAAGCUUAUGUGCAAACAAGGGGUAAGAGAGAACUUCAAUGAAGAAAAGAGUUUGAUAGAUAAAAGGUAGAUUGUGUCUUCGAUAUAAUCCAAUUUGUUUUAUGUCAAAAUGUAAGUAUUUGUCUUCCCUAGAAAUCUCCCAGAAUGAUUUCUAUAAUAAAGUUAAUUUCAUUUAUAUUUGACAAGAAUAUUCUAUAGAUGUUUUAUACACAUUUUCAUGCAUCAUACAUUUCUUUUUUGGUCGGCAAAAGUUAAUUGUUCUUAGAUAUAGUUGUACUAUUGUUCACAGUCCAAUCAUUUUUGUGCAUCUAGAAUUCAUUCCUAACCAAUUAAAAGUGCUUGCAAGAGUUUUAAACUUAAGUGUUUUGAAGUUGUUCACAACUACAUAUCAAAAUUAACCAUUGUUGAUUGUAAAAACCAUGCCAAAGCCUUUGUAUUUCCUUUAUUAUACUAUUUUCUUUUUAACCUUA